CGACGGCUCUCGCCGGCGAUUGCGCUGAAGACGAUGGAUGACGGCAGCGGCGACAAUUGCGGAGAUUGGGAAGAUCGCGCAGUCACGGAGGAGGAGGAGGAGGAUAAGCACGAGUCCAUCGUAUCAUUUCUUUCUCAUAAAGAUCGAAGGAUUAUAGCAAACAAAUGGCGGCCACUGUGUUCACUCCCUCACUGGAAGGAAUAAAGCACGUCAAGUCAGAGAAUGGCAUUAUGUUAACAAAGCAUUUCCUUGAUGUGUGCAAGCUCAUCCUGCCAGUUCUAGAUAAUUUCGGAACUGCUCUGGCUAUUGUGAAGUCUGAUAUUGGGGGCAAUAUUACGAGGCUCGAAACCAAAUAUAAUUCUGAUCCAUCCAAGUUUGAACAUCUCUACAGUAUGGUGCAAGUAGAAGUAGAUUCUAAAACAGCAAAAGGUUCUUCAAGCUGUACCAACGGCCUUCUGUGGCUAACAAGAGCAAUGGACUUCCUAGUGGAGCUAUUUCAGAACUUGCUGGAUCAUCCAAACUGGACAAUGACACAAGUGUGCGAUGAUUCCUACACAAAGACCUUAAAGAAAUGGCAUGGCUGGCUUGCUAGUUCUAGCUUUUCCAUUGCUAUCAAACUUGCUCCUGAUAGAAAGAAGUUCAUAGAGCUCAUCGGCGGAUCUGGCAACCUCAAUGCUGACAUGGAUCAUUUUUGUAAAACAUUUGCUCCUCUUCUCGCAGAGAACCACAGCUUCCUUGCCAGUGUCGGCUUCAACAAUAUGAAGGCUUCCUGAUUGCAACAGCUAAGUUUGCUCUGUCACACAUUACCUUCUUUUUGCUGCCGAUUCUGUUUCGGUUUCUCAACUAUAAAAAUAAUGUAAGAGACAGUCAAACUGUACAUGGCAUCUGUUGCCAUUUUAUCACUUUUGUAGUGUAAAAAUUGGUUUUAUCUUCUGAAGUAUACACCUAUUUUUCAGUCA